AUGUAUGGUGGAACAGUUUUGUCUGCUACCUCUGUGGAUGCUAACAAUGGCAUGUAUCCUAUUGCCAUUUACAUCUGCAGGGAGGGAAGAAUGAAAGAAUGGGAAAAAUUUCUGGCUAUCAUCCCUCCGCUCCUGAAGGACACCAAAAGGGCAAUUACAUUUUUCACGACUUCUCGAAUGGUGAGACAUUGGAAUCUCAAAUCUAUCAGUUAUGUAUAUGUUUUUGAUGCGUCUAAUGUGCUCGAAUGCUGUCCUUACAGAAUCUCAGAAAAAGCAUUAGAUGCAGCAAAGUCUUACAACCGUGUUUACCACGAGUGGAAUCUAAUAAAUUUGUCAGAGCUUCAAAGGCGUUGGGUUGAAGCGUGUGGGAAAUCAAGUUGGGCUAGGCACUCGUAUGACCUUUCUGCCCGUUGUCCGCAAAUGGUAAACAUCUUCAGCAAGGCGUUUAAUCUGUGGAUAACUGAGCUCAAGUGUUUGCCCAUAUGCCAGUUCAUAAUGGGUUUUGAAGCUAAGCUUAUUCAGCUGUUUUUGACAAGGCGAAGGAAUGGAAGACUGUGGAAGGAUGAACGCAUCGUUCCGAGAGCAAGUGCAAAAUUAGGGGAUCAAAUCCUUCAUAAAAGAUUGUAUCAUGCAUCAUCACGUCCAGUUUGGCGCAACAACUUCAUCAAUUUGGUGACGAAUAUAUGCAACAAGCCAAGUAGGAAUGUUAAUUUGUUACUGAGAACGUGCGACUACGGCAAGUGGCAGAUAUCAGGUGUACCUUGUGUGCAUGAUGUGGCAGUUAUUGCUCAACAUAGACAUAGACCACCAUUCUAUGAAAAAUAUGUUGACGAGUAUUUCAUUGUCGGAAAGUACAUGGCGUCUUAUGCCGGCAUUAUUUACCAAACUCCCGGCAUGACCGAAUCGCUGCAGGUAGCCGGUAUCAACCCACCACCAUUAAAGAACAUUAUCCAUCUUUCCUAG